AUGCAGACGGAAAGAAUGGAUCACAUAGAAGGGACCUUUUACUUGGAGAAAGAAAUUGCAAUCGAGCCUGAUCUUGGAGAUUUGCGAAAGUCCACCGACAAGGCUCUACCUGCGCCUCCCAAGACGCCGAAGAGGGUGUUGAUGAAGUAUCGCUUCUCUGCCUUCUUCCCAAUCGCAUUUGCUGUUGCGAGCUUCGUGCUUACGCUGGUGCUGGUGCUCGCAGGAAGCGACGAACACACUUUCGGUGGGCAGUACAUGGUGGCUCUGAACAGCUCUGCGGUUACCCAAGAAGGCAGACAGCCAGACGCGCCAUCAACGCGAUCGGAAGGUGUAAAUGAAGAAGCGCUCGCAGACGUCUACUAUCUUCAUCUAAGGACAGUGUGCUCUGGGUCCAUUUCGAACUCUCCAGACGACGCUUCUGACGUCGUCAUUGUAGAACGAUGUGAAAGCUACAGCACAGCCAGCGAUCUUUCUACGCUCCUCAAUACCAUGGUCACCAUACUGGCCGGCGUGCGACAAGCGAUCUUUGCUUCCUUACUCAUCUCGCUUGUCGGUGCUGGGUUCUCCGCCGUCUCUGCUAUUCCUGCCAUCUUCUUCCCACACUCGAAACUCCUCGCCUACUUCAACAUGUUUUGGCCAGUCCUUGCGAGCGCAUUCGCCUUUGUCGCCGCCAUCUUGCUGACGGUAGUUAUUUCUGGCGUCUUUCUACUGGCUGGCGAGAUCGUCGACGUCGCUGGCACGGACGUCGUUCAAGGUACAUCCGUACUUUUGAUCGUGUGGCUAGCAUGGCUUCUCGUAUCUUUAUCGGUUGUUUACUGGGGUAUUGUUUGGUUUGUGGAGGUUAGGCAGUCAAGCUUCACAAGGAGGAAGAGGAGCGAUGACGAAGUGGGGAACUGGAAAGGCAUUGGGAGGGAGAUUAGGAGUGACGUGAAAGCGACGGUGCCGUCCAAGGAGCCUGUGCCCCGAGGUUUCACGGUCAGGGCAGAGAAGCAGGAAGAGCCAAUGGUCGAGAAUGAACACGACCACUUUUUCUGGACAUACACCGAGGAGCCGCACAGAACACGGCGCAUGGCUAUCAUCAAGGCACACCCAGAGGUGACGAAGCUCUGUGGCCCUGAGCCUCUUACCAAAUACGUUGUCCUGUUCGUCGUAUCUAUCCAAGUCCUAUGUGCAUACGCUCUGCGCAAUACACCCGUUGUAUCAUGGCCCUUCUUCCUCACCGCAUACGUCAUUGGUGCUACGGCCAACCAGAAUCUCUUUCUCGCCAUCCACGAGAUCUCACACAAUCUGGCCUUCCGAUCGCCAUUGGCAAACAGGGUCUUCGCCGUCUUUGCGAACCUGCCAAUUGGCAUCCCGUACAGCGCCUCGUUCAGGCCCUACCACCUGACACACCACAAGUCGCUGGGUGUUAAUGGUCUCGACACAGAUCUGCCCACCGCCUUUGAAGCCAUCUUCCUCGACUCGGUCGCCGGCAAGGCUUUCUUCGCGACCUUCCAGAUCCUCUUCUACGCCCUGCGACCCAUGUUCGUCUACGCCCUGCCAAUGACCAAGAUCCACCUCUUCAACGUCGUCGUACAGCUAGCCUUCGAUUACGCACUCGUUCGAUUCGCAGGAGGAAGGGCCUUGGGAUACUUGAUCAUGAGCAGCUUCCUCGCCGGCUCUCUCCACCCCUGCGCCGGCCACUUCAUCGCCGAACAUUACGUUUUCGAGAAGCCCAACAAAGACGCUGCGAAUCCCGCCAACAAGAUUCCGCUCCCGGAAACAUACUCGUACUACGGACCUCUGAAUUUCUUCACCUACAACGUUGGCCUGCACAACGAGCACCACGACUUCCCUGCCAUCCCUUGGACGCGCCUACACACCUUGAACCGCAUCGCGCACGACUUCUACAAAGACUUGCCACAACACAAGAGCUGGGUGUACGUUUUGUGGCAGUUCAUCUGGGACAAGGACAUCAGCCUUUGGUGCAGGGUCAAGAGAGAGGAGGGUGGACGCAAGGUCGGUGCUGAGAGUGGGUGGAACGAGGAAGAGCUGGGCUCGAACGAAAAGAAGGGCCCUAUUCCUGGUGUGUUAUAG